GCCACAUCCUCCGACCCUGCUGUGUACUGGAACUCUGGGGCCCAGCGUGGUGGACGCCCUCAUGCCCCUGCUCUAGCUGCCUCUCUCGUAGCGCUGAGCACGGCUGAUACAACAUGGGGUGUCCCGGGGGCUGGCCGGGGGCUGCCCUCUCCCUCCUGCUGCUCCUGCUGCUCAGCCUCCUGGCGCUCUGCUUGGCAGCACUGGAGGAAGUGGACCCCACCACUGCCGGGCAGCCGCGAGCAGUGUGCACCCUGCAGGAGGGCGACAGUCGUACCUUCACCUGCUGGGUUCCCCGGCCAGUCCCCGGUGCCACACUGGCCUGGUACCUCAGCGGUCAGAAACAGGAAGUCAACCUCUCGACUGCGGACACUGCCAGCAUCCUCACCCUCACCGGCCAGCGAUCUGACCACCAGCUCAACUGCUCCCUGACCAACCCGACCUCCAGUGAGACCUACAACACCUCCAUCCUUCUCAAUGUGCAGUAUAAGCCAGAAAUCCAGGAAGGCACCCACUAUCAGCAGGUCAGGGGUGCUGGCCUUCUCCUGCUGCUCUUUGUGCUGGUGCAAGCCAACCCACCUGCCAGCAUCACCUGGGUGAACCAGGAUGGGCAUGUGAUGGCCAACACCUCCAAGUUUCUCCUCCUGGGUGCCACAAGCUACCCAGGGCUGGCCAACCACUCUCUCCACAUCCAUCUCAGCUGCACCGCUGGAAACCUCUCCAUCAGUGCAGCCGACAGUGUGGGCAUCACCACUGCCUCUCUCCUGCCCACAGGUCUGCUGGAUGCCCGUGUGGAGCUGCCUGUCCUGGGUGUUGCCAUUGGAGCAGCCCUGGCCCUAGCUGCCCUGCUCAGCCUGGGCUCCUGUGCUGCCUGCCUGGCAUGCCGCUUGCCCAAGCAUGUGCGAGGUCCGGGGCAAGCAGGAGGGAACAGUCCACCCAGCCAACGCUCCCAUUGCAGCAGCUCUGAGGCCCCGCAGCCCCAGGGUACACAUCUGCCCCGCCAAACCCGGUCCCUGCCACCCAACCUGCGCCUCAGUGACCUUGCACAGGAUGAAGCUUCCCCCAAGGAUGGAGGAGCUGGUGCUAGGGGGGAAGAGAGUGCCCUGCUGGGACUGGAAAACUCCCUGGUCCUCAGCAAGCUUGGUUUUGUCCAGCUCCCGAUGUCUGGGCGCAUCUACAAAGUGCCCAGCAUGAGCAGUGAUGAGAUCUGGCUGUGAGCUGCAGUGUGGUGCCAGUGAGCCAGGGCUGCCCGGCACCAGGUACGUACCAGCCCCUGGAGCCAAGCAGCUGAGGGUGCCAGCAAGGCCAUGAUGGGAAGCAGGAGCUAACCAGCCCCAGCUCUGUGCUGUGGUAUGCGAUGCAGGGCUUGGGAGCUGCGCUGUCAGCCAAGGCAUGGUUUUAUGUAGUCCGUGAAUUUUACCAAUAUUCCGUUACAAUCCAAAUGCAUCAAAGCUGUUAAUAGCCAGGCUCUAGCACUACCAUUCCUCCUGGGGUAAAGCUAAGCACCAGCUUUGCUUUAGCAGGUUUGUGACAUGCUGCAUGAUCCUCUUUGCUCCUGUCCCUGCUGCUGUGGCAGACGGGUGGGAGGUCAGCAGAGCAGGGGCUGGGGAGAGCCGUCCCAACAGCAAUAAACUGAAUUCAAGCAUC